CUUGGGAGUCUCGCCCUGGGAGGGAGACGGGUCCGUAGUCUCCGGUCGCAGAUCCGUGGACCCUCUUCGCAGACGCCUCGUGGAGCCUCAGGUAACUGCACCUCCUCCCAGUAUGGCAGCCUCGCCGCUCCCACCGCCAGACCCGCGGUUUGUCCUCCGAGGUACCCAGUCGGCAGUACAUGCGCUGCAUUUCUUCGGAGGAGCCGAAGGGCAGGGGCAGCCGCUCCUCCUCUCAGGAUCCCUGAGUGGGCUGGUGCACAUCUGGAGCCUGCAGACACGGAGGGCGGUUGCUACCCUGGACGGCCAUCGGGGCCAGUGUGUAACCUGGCUGCAUUCAUUGCCCCAAGGGCACCAGCUCCUCAGUCAGGGCCGGGACCUGAAGCUGUGCCUAUGGGACCUGGCGGAGGGCAGAAACGCUGUCGUGGACUCCAUGCGCCUGGAGAGCAUGGGCUUCUGCAGGAGCACCGUCCUGGCCAGGGGUCAGAGGCACUGGAUGCUGGCCAUGCCGGGGAGAGGCAGUGACGAGGUUCAGAUUCUGGAGAUGCCAUCCAAGACGUCAGUGUGCACCCUGAAGCCGGAGGCAGAUGCCAAGCCGGGCAUGCCCAUGUGCCUGGAGCUGUGGCAGGCCGAGUCCAGUCCCCGCCCACUCCUCCUGGCCGGCUAUGAGGACGGAUCAGUGGCACUGUGGGACGUCUCUGAGCGGAAGGUGUGCAGCCGUGUCGCCUGCCACACAGAGCCCGUCAUGGGCUUUGACUUUGACUCCCAAAAGGCCAGGGGCGUCUCGGGCUCUGCGGAGAAGGCGCUGGCUGUCUGGAGCCUGGAUGAGCAGCAGGCCCUGCAGGUAUGCAAAACUCAUGAACUCACCAAUCCCGGGAUUGCUGAUGUCAAGAUCCGGCCAGACCGCAAGAUCCUGGCCACUGCAGGCUGGGACCAUCGUGUCCGUGUGUUUCACUGGCGGACAAUGAAGCCACUGGCUGUACUGUCCUUCCACAGUGCUACUGUCCACUGUGUGGCCUUCGCUGCCAAUGGCUUGCUUGCUGCAGGGUCCGGGGAUCAGCGCAUCAGCAUCUGGUCACUUUACCCGAUUAGCAGUGACUCAUCCACUCCCUUGUCAGGACAUGUGGAGGACACGGAGGUGGGAUCCCAUGCCUUGGCCUGACCCAGGCAUGUAGUAACCGUGCAUCAGGACCCUUGAGGACAACCAGUCACAGUUAUCUUCCUCCAGUUACGAGAGGUGUCCAGUCCUUGGAGUCCUCAUUUUCUUCACAAGGCUUGGGUUUCCUUUUUUUUUUUUUUUUUUUUAAUUUUUUUAAAUGUCUUUAUUUUUGAGAGAGAGAGA